GAGGAGACCACGUGGUUGCAGGCAGUUCCUGCCGGCUCAGGCCUCAGCUCGAGGAAAGUGGGUAAUAACCGAGGGAACUGUGACGGUAACGUAUGUCAGCUCUGGCAGAUGGGGCGGGCUUAGCGAGCGGGGUACCCUGGGUACCACAAGGGACGCAGUUGGGAAUGCUUGAGCCGAGGCCCCGAGGCCGCAUUCCUGGCGGGGGCGCCCGAGCGCCAGCGCGGGGAACACAAGCGUUAAGGAAUAACCGCCGCCGUCGCCGCAGGAUGGCUUCCGGCUUCAAGAAGUCCACCGUGGCCUCCACCAGCCAGAAAAGAAAGGUGGGGCCUAAGCCCGAACUCACUGAAGAGCAAAAGCAAGAAGUUCGCGAAGCGUUCGACCUCUUCGAUGCCGACGGCAGCGGCACCAUCGACGUGAAGGAGCUCAAGGUGGCCAUGAGGGCGCUGGGCUUUGAACCCAGGAAGGAGGAGAUGAAGAGGAUGAUUGCCGACGUGGACAAAGAAGGCACAGGGAAGAUCAGCUUCAACGACUUCUUGGCUGUGAUGACUCAGAAGAUGGCUGAGAAAGACACCAAGGAAGAAAUCCUGAAGGCGUUCAGGCUCUUUGAUGACGACGAGACCGGGAAGAUCUCUUUCAAAAACCUAAAGCGUGUGGCCAAAGAGUUGGGAGAAAACCUCACGGAUGAAGAGCUCCAGGAAAUGAUUGACGAAGCCGACCGAGAUGGAGACGGCGAAGUGAACGAGGAUGAGUUUCUUCGCAUCAUGAAAAAGACCAACCUCUAUUGAGUCCGCUUCUCUCACAAGCACCUGUAGGGAAAUUGAGUAAUUGGCUGGCUUCCCUGCUUCUCGAUUUGUGAAACCUGGAGUGAGAGGCCAGAGCCAUCGCUCCUCUUACCCCUAGUUUGUCUAGAUAGUUCUAUUUCCAAAUCUCUAGCUCAAUUAUAGAAUUUUCAAAUGCU